GGUUCUCCUUAUCUCGAAGGACGAGAGUACAGUCGCAGAAAACUGCAGAAAAGCUGUGGACAACAGCAACAUAAGCUUCGUUGAAAUUCCCCCUUGCAUUCAUCGUCGAAAGAAGACAAGAAAAAGUUACUGCAUCACUACCAGUGUAGCCGGGUCUUGGGUCUGUAAAUCAUACCCAUUUUCUUCCAUAGUUCCUUUUGGAGCCAUUUAUUUUGAGUGACAGUUUGUAAGGAUGUGGUCUCAUGUGAAAAAUUCUCUGCAGCUCUGCAAACCAGGGCUCUCCUUGCUGAAGAAGAGCCAACCACUUCAUUUGACUGCGACACAACAUCUCAAUUUAAUACCAAUGGUUAUUGAACAAACUGGUCGAGGUGAACGAGCAUAUGACAUUUAUUCACGACUUUUGAAAGAGAGAAUAAUAUGUGUGAUGGGGCCUAUAACAGAUGAUCUAGCAUCUGUAGUUGUGGCACAACUCUUGUUUCUUCAGUCAGAAAGUAGCAAAAAACCAGUUCACAUGUACAUUAACAGUCCAGGAGGAAGUGUGACUGCUGGACUGGGAAUAUAUGACACCAUGCAAUACAUCCUCCCGCCCAUUGCGACAUGGUGUGUUGGGCAGGCAUGCAGUAUGGGUAGUCUGCUUUUAGCAGGAGGGGCACCAGGAAUGCGUCAUUCCUUGCCACAUGCUCGCAUUAUGAUUCACCAACCUUCGGGACAAGCUGCUGGACAAGCCACUGAUAUAGUUCUUCAAGCAGAAGAAAUAAUGAAACUUAAGAGGUUGAUUAACAAUCUUUAUGUGAAACACACCAGGUUGCCAUUGGAAACAAUUGAGGCGAAUAUGGAGAGAGAUAAAUUUAUGAAUCCUCAAGAAUCCAAAGAAUUUGGUUUGAUUGACAAGAUACUAGACCAACCACCAAAACAUGGAGACAACGCAGAAGAUUCAAGUGUCCAACAACAGCCACAAACAGCUUAAGUCAAAUGUACAAAGCUAGAUUAAUCUCACUUUCUUGAGUAUCGUCAUUCCCCUCCAGAGAUCUAAAUUUUGGACUUGCCUUUUGAAUUCUAUCUGAUAACAAAUGGUUCCAGGUUGUGACAACCUAGAGUUAUUUUUGUAGCAGGUGUAGGUGGAUUAUAUGCAAGCAUUUAUUUCAAUGCUUCUAUGCAAUGUUCUAACUACUUGUCACUCAAGAUUGUCUUGGACAUUUUUGAAAAUAAAAUAUUUACUAAGACUGGA